AUGAGCGUCAAACUCUUUCCCUGCCUGCUCUUCACAUCUGUCGUGGUUUUGAGUUCUGCUCAGCCCGCUCCUGAUCUCAGCUGUGAUCCUGCCACAGAGUAUGCUAAGGAUGGGCAGUGCUGCAAGCUGUGCAGACCAGGAAAAAGAAUGACGGUCCUCAGCAGCUGCACUGACCCGGUGUGUGAUGACUGCGGGCUGAACGAGUAUCAGGAUAAUUACAACAAAGAAGUGAAGUGUAAACGACAGCCGUACUGUGACCCGAAUAAAAACUUUGAGGUUGCAGUCAUUGAAAGCAAGACAGAGAGAACCACCUGCUUGUGCAAACAGGGAUUCCAUUGCUCCAGUCAACAAUGUAUCACCUGCGUCUUGGACCGAAGCUGUGAGCCCGGAGACGAGCUUGUUUUAGAAGGGAAUCGGACUCAUGACACAGUUUGCCGCUCAUGUCCUAAAGAGACAUUUUCCAGCACGAGAAACUCUAAAUGUGUGAAAUGGACAGAAUGUAAGGAGGGGUUCCACGUUGUCCAAAAUGGGACGGACAGAGCCGACAUGGUUUGUGAGGCAAACAGCCGGACUCAUGUAAUAAUUGCCGGUGUGGUCGUGGCCCUUGUUCUGGUCACUAGUACUCUUGGAAUACUGGUGUACAAGUACUUAAAUAAAUCAAGAUACAGAGGAGGAAAGAUACAUGGAAAGAGCCUUGUUGAAGAAGUGGGACCAGAACCUUUUCACUCAAUUAUUGGCGUCCCCGAGGAAAUUGAUGCUGAAGAGAUGCUUCCCUCAGAGGACCACGGAAUAACUGAGAAUGGAAACUGGUUGGCUCAGGAGGACGGCAAACUGUACAAAAUUUCUCAUCAGGAAUCUCAGAUGCUGCACAAGUUAUCUUCUGAUUCUGAUUCUAGUCGUAGUUAAAUAUUUUCAGUCAUGGUGUGUCAUGUUUUCUUUGUAUAUAUUUCACCAAAACUUACCUGUAAUUGUAUUUAUUUGUCCCAAGUGUUGACCCUGAAGCCCUG